AUGGAUAAUGAAGAGCGAUCGCCUAGCACCACAGAGGAUAAAGAAGAAAUGCCUGCUAUUGAAUUACCUGAUUCGACCAGCACCUCCAAGCCGGGGAGAUAUAAAAUUGUUAUCGUAGGGGACGGGGGCACAGGAAAAUCCAGUUAUGUGGCCAGGCUCAAUUGCGAGGGGUUUCUGAAAGAGUAUGUUGCCACACUUGGGGUAGAGAAAAGUGAGAUACUUGUAGACACUUCGCAUGGUGAGAGCACUAUCGUUUUGUGGGAUACUGCGGGUCAGGAGAAGCUGGGUCCACUGCGGGAUGGGUAUUACAGUGGGGCUGAUGCUGCCAUUAUAUUUUUUGAUGUCACAUCGCGAGUAACAUAUAAGAAUGUUCCCAGCUGGCACAAAGACAUUAACAGGGUACAGCCUGACAUCCCAGUGGUCUUGUGUGCAAACAAGAUUGAUGUCAAGGAAAGGAAAGUGAAGAGCAAGAGUAUCACAUACCCUUCCAAGCAUAAGAUUGGGUUUUAUGAGAUUAGUGUGAAAGAGAGAUCCUGUUUGAAGAAACCAUUAGAAUAUCUUUUGCAGCAGCUCACCAAAGAACCAGAACUUUUUGUUAAGGAAUCAUUAGAUGCCAAGAUAUUUGGAGAUAUGAACUACUUGCUAUUCUUGGACCGUUAUGAUGUUUUUGUAACUAUUUUCAUGAAUCUGAAGGAGUUAAGUUUUGUAAAGAAGAGUAUAUCAGACUAUUGGUGUUACUACAAAGUGUGGUUUAUGGUUAUGUUUCUUUAA